UCCGCUCUGAGGGAGCUAUGAAUUUUGAAUUUGAGAGGGAGAUCGGUUUUAUUAACAGCCAGCCGUCCCUCGCAGAGUGCCUGACGUCCUUCCCCGCCGUCCUGGACUCAUUUCAAACUUCAUCAAUCAAGGAGUCGACAGUCAUUCCGCCUCCCUUCGAGCACACCAUCCCCAGCCUCAGCCCGUGCACAGGCAGCCAGCCGAGACCAACAGCGAGGAGCCAGCAGAACCGAGGAGCCUCCGUUACUAAUGGCCUCCAGACUCACCACCGAACCGCCCAGCAGCCCUGCCCGCCCGGCCAGGCUCCUGCCCCGGCCACGGCGACCACUGCCAGCCCGCUGAACCACGAGUUCCCCUGGAUGAAGGAGAAGAAGUCAUCCAAGAAGUGCCCCAAGCCUGGGAGCAGCUCCAACGGUGCCGGCUCCAUCAUCCCCCCGGCAUCAUCGUCCCCUUCCCCCGCCGCCUCGGGGUACGCAGCGGCGGGCAUCGAGUCUCCCACAGACCCGGGACAGGCGGCUCUGGAUCCCGGAGGCUCCCGCCGGCUGCGCACCGCCUACACCAACACGCAGCUGCUGGAGCUGGAGAAGGAGUUCCACUUUAACAAGUAUCUGUGCCGGCCCAGGAGGGUGGAGAUCGCCGCUCUUCUGGAUCUAACGGAGCGGCAGGUCAAAGUCUGGUUCCAGAACCGGCGGAUGAAACACAAACGGCAGACCACACAUCACCGAGACGGAGGAGGAGGAGCGGGAGGCCCGGAUUCCAGCGAGCCGGGCGGGUUUGAGCCGCUCGAAGGCGCCGACGCCUCCUCUCCGUACUCCAACCAGCCGCUGGAAGCUUCUGGCACCGAGGAGGCUUCAUCGGAGAGCGAGUCCAAUCCAUCAUCGGCCGCCUACGCUGCUGACAGCGGCGACAAUACGCAGCCCACGGAGGAGAGAGGCGCGCCGAGCCGAGCAGCUGGCUCCUCUGACGCAGCAGCAGCAGCAGCAGCAGCUCCGGCGUCUGAUCCGUCCUUCACCGAGCAGCACGACUCCUCCAUCUCCUCCAUCACGUCCUCCUCGGCUCCUCCGGCCUCGUCCUCCUCUUCCUCUACGCUCCAGGAUCUCAGCUUCUUCUCCGCGGACUCCUGCCUCUCUCCCAGCCUGCAGAGCUCUCUGGACAGCCCCGUGGAUUUCUCCGAGGAGGACUUCGACUUGUUCACGAGCACGCUGUGCACCAUCGACCUGCAGCAUCUCAACUUCUGAGGGCUGCAGCAUUUUAACGGAACAACGAACUUGUUAGAGCAGCUGCGACAUUUUUAGAGAAAACUAAAGCUGAAGAAGAGAAGGAGCGGAGGAGAGACGGGCCUGUGUGGACGAACAAUCGAGGAGCUUCUCGGCGACAUUCCGGAAACAUUUUCUGAAUGAGAAUUCUCUUUUCAUUUUAGUCUUUUUAGUCCUUAUCAUUUUAGUUAAAGAGAAAUGCGGUAUUAUUUUAUUUUUUAUGUUAAACAUCGAAGGGAGUUGAACGAUUAUUUCGUUUUUUUUAAAAGGUGAUAUCAAACUAAACAACAUCUUCCUCCGUGCGUAAUUGCGCACGGCAAACCCCCUUCUUAUGGACACUAUUUUUUAAAAUUUGAAACAUCAAAUGGAAAUAUUUUUCUUCCAUGGCUGAAACAGUUCAGAUUGUCUUCUUUGCCGUAAUUUCAGCUAUUUAUUUCAUCUUUUUAAUUUUUCCUCUGGACCUUUGGUGUGGAUUUGUUGCUCGUUAGUUCGUCUCGGUGCAGCUUCAUGGAUCUUACUAACCUCUCAGGAACUGUUCACGGAGUCUUUGCGCAGAGAGCUGGACUGCUCUGAAAGAAUGAAGCCCUGCUGAUGACCCCACUUUUAGACCCUAGUUUAUUUAUUCAGAUUCUUUAAUAGUGAAAAUCCAAAUUAUUUAUUGUACAUAUAUUUUCAUAGUGGAAUAAUGAUAAUAAUAAAAACACACAAACAUU